UCAAGAAUUUCAGAAUUUCUCCUUCUGGGAAUUUCAGAAGACCCCCUGUUGCAGCCCAUCCUCUUUGGACUGUUCUUGUCCAUGUACUUGGUCACUGUGUUAGGGAAUCUGCUCAUCAUCCUGGCCAUGAUAUCAGAUUCCCACCUGCGCACACCCAUGUAUUUCUUUCAUUGCCACCUGUGCUUUGUGGACAUCUGUUUAACAUCCACAACUGUUCCAAAGUUGUUGCUGAAUAUGCAGACACAGAGUAAGAUCAUCACUUAUGCAGGAUGCAUCACACAAAUGAACUUUUUCCUGCUCUUUUCAGUUUUGGACAUCUUUCUGUUGACUGUGAUGGCCUAUGACCGUUUUGUUGCCAUUUGUCAACCCCUGCAAUACACAGUCAUCAUGAACCCUCAGCACUGUGUGUUGCUGGUUCUGGUGUCUUGGAUGGUGAAUGUCCUACACUCCUUCUUACAAAGCUUAAUGGUGUUGCGGCUGACCUUCUGUACAGACAUGGAAAUCCCACACUUUUUCUGUGAACUUAAUCAAGUCGUCAACCAUGCCUGUUCUGACACCUUUCUUAAUGAUGUGAUGAUUUAUUUGGCUGCUGUGCUACUGGCUUGCUGCCCCCUUGCCUGCAUCCUGUGCUCUUACUUCAAGAUCUUUUCCUCCAUCCGUGCAAUCUCGUCAGCUCAGGGUAAGUACAAGGCAUUUUCCACCUGUGCAUCUCACCUCUCAGUGGUCUCCUUAUUUUAUAGUGCAAGCAUAGGCGUGUACCUCAGCUCUCCUGUGACUCAAAACACACAAUCAACAGCAGGAGCCUCAGUGGUGUACAGUGUGGUGACUCCCAUGCUGAACCCCUUCAUCUACAGUCUGAGGAACAGAGACAUCAAGAUUGCUCUGAAAAGAUAUUUUCAGGUAGAAAUAAUAAAAAUGUCCCUUGUAACAACACUGAAAAAAUAA